CUGCCGGAUUAUCCCCAUAUUGUUAUUAUUGUUGCGAUUACUAUUAUUAUAUGCUCCCGAUGGUACGGUGAUUGGCAGAUUGGACAAUAUCUGCGAUGUUGCUUGACUGCGCCCCAUAGCCCCUAUCUGAGAGUCUGUCCAUGACCCUGAACUAUGACCCUGAUAGCUCCCUUGUAAACGCUACAUGGGUGGCUACGUUGCUGAGCGAGAGAGAUGCGGCUGGUCAAAUCCCCAUCAACUUCGUGACGCACCCGGCCGUGUCGCUAAGGGCAGCAUGUUUCGCAGACAACGUAUUCGAUGAGACUUCUACUGCGAAAUGCAUAUCAAAUUUAUUGGCAGUAGGGUAUCGUCGGCUGCUGGUCGAUCUUUAUUGGUCCGCCGAGCGACGAUCAUGGUCGUUCUGUCCGGUGUCUGUCCCUGCAAACGCAGCGGCAGAUAGCUCCAUAACCGCUGUGACUAGCUCAACCGGAUCGCAACUAUACCAACUGGGUUCAUAUCAGUGCUCUGAAGAUCUUGAUGUCUCCGGCUUGAUUGAUAUACUGCGUGGCUACUUCGAAAAUAACACCUCUCAGCUGAAUGUAUACCUUUCGUUUGUCAUAUUCAGCCUCCAUGGGGCUGCCAGUGCAUCCGCGCCCGAUGAGCCGGCUCCAGCGGUAUCUGGAGCGCAGUUACCGAGUAACAAUGAACGCCUUGGCGAUCUACUCGAAGACAGAUUAGGCGAAUAUAUCUAUAAUCCGUCGCAACUUGCAGAAGAACGGAGCAAUCUGAAUAAUUCGUGGUAUCGGGUGACCGAUGGUUAUGAGCCUAUCACGGAGUAUUUCACGAUCCAUGAGGAUGCAAAGGGUAGGCAGAGUACCCCAGACGGCUGGCCAUGCUCGAAGUACGUGCAGCUUGCAAGAGAACGAAGGAUCCUUUUUGGGUAUGGGGAUAUCGAUCCACAGAUCGAGGGUUAUGACCUGGGUAGCGACAGCGUGCUGUUUCCUCCGUCUUACUUGACCGAUUUCGUGGAUGUCUCCUCAGCGGUUGACGGCAGUCUGGACACGGGAUGUCUCUACGACUCUGACGCUUAUCUGGUCUCUCAGGUUAAUUCGUCAUGGGCAGUGUCGACUCGAAUUCCAGUUCCAUCGACAAACAGCUCAGUGACACUGGGGCAAUUGUCAAGUAUAGUCACAAACCUAACAGCUUGCGGCCUAUCACCCAACCUCAACGAUACCCUCCUCAACGCUACAGCGGACAACGACGUUGAAACAUACAGAAAUAUAUCAUUAUCUGCCUCCUGGGCCUGGUCCGCCGGACAACCGCAAGAUUCCAUAGACGACGAAGACGGCGAUCCCAAGGAACGAUGCGCAGUAAUUGACCUAUCAACCAACGGUCACUGGGCAGCCAUCGGCUGCAGUGAAGACCGCUACACAGCCUGUCGCGUCAACCACCUCCCAUUCACCUGGAAACUGUCCAUGGAGAAGACAUCCUACGGAAACGCUGGACGCACCUGUCCCGAAAACACCACCUUCUCUCUUCCGCGCACGGGGCUCGAGAAUACCUACCUCUACCGCUAUCUCCUUUCUUCGUCAAACGGUACCUUGGACACUUCCUCCUCAAAGGACAGUAUGCGCCAAGUCUGGAUAGACUUUAACUCGUUGGAUAUCGCGUCUUGCUGGAUCAGCGGUGGUCCUGAUGCUAAUUGUCCGUAUGCGUCGGAUCCGCAACAGUUGGAGAAGCGGACGGUUCUGGUUGCUACGAUUUGGGGGAUUGUCAUCUGUGUCGUUGCAGCGUUGAUGUUGUUCGUCAAGUGUAAUGCUAAUCGGCGGAACUCGCGACGACGGAAGAGGGUUAUUGAAGGGUGGGAGUAUGAGGGUGUCCCGUCUUAAUGUAUAGUACAUACGUUGGUCUUUCGAUAGUGACAGACAUGUUUAAAAACCUCUAGACUGCUUUUUAGAAUGCUUUUUUCCUUCACUCUAGAGACAUCAUGGACCGGAUUGGAACAUUCACUGCUUUGGGUACUAUAUAACAACGUCGCUUCAUUUUUAACUUCCU